CUUCAGAAAUAAAGUAGGAAGUAAAAUGAAAUGUUCAAACUGAUGAAGUGAAAACAGGCACCCCUAUUGUUGUUUUUUUUGUGUGUGUUUGCAUCGUUUCUAUUGAUUUGAUCACUCCUGUGGUUUCAGUGCAGUUUCACUUACUGGAGCGCUAUCGCACAUCCAGCCGGUAGAGGGCGCUUACCGCGCUGGUAAAGAGUAGUGUUUUGGCACACAGAGGAAGAAUAAACCUUCCUGUUGUGAAGCUAAUGUCAGCUCAACGUGUGUGCCUCCUCUAUUCUUUAUCACAGGUCAGUAAACAUGCUUAAAAUGAGCAUACAUUGCAGACUUUAAGAGUAGAAAAUGUCGCUUAUUAAAGAGUGCACAUGGCGGUAAAGGAAACGGUUUGUUAAGAGAAUUGUGUGUGAGAAGGGAUUUAUUAGUCGUUCGCUAAUCGCGCUAAUGCUAGCGGACUUGACUAGUGUGGAAGCACAUGUGGGAAAAGCUAGUCCAGUACAGUAAAUUGUGUAGCUAAAUGCAAAUUUAUGAAGUUUAAUGGCAACACCAGAAGUGAUAUGUUGUAAAGUUACAUGCUGAAUCAUUGCCAGUUGUUUAUGUGCUUAGUUAGUGUCAUUGUAAAUGUCAUUAAAGGAGCAUUGUACUCUUUAUUUAAUUGGUUAUGAGAUGAGUAUGUUGUUUUAUAGAAAAGAUGCAAUUGUUUUGUAAUGAAUGAAAUAAGAGUAACAGAGAGUAUAUUGUUGGUAUGUUAAAAAUACAUUUUAUAUUGUUAGAAUAACACUGUAAAAAACUGUUAUGUUAAAAAAAUGGUUAAAACUAAUUCAUUUACUAGUUUUCAUGGACAGUGUUAAAAAUCAAUGGAUUUAAGAACAAGAGAGCACAUAGUUGUUUCAUUUUUUCAAGAAAAUGUGUUGAAUUAAACUACUGUCAUUGUAUUAUUGGUUAUUCAAAGAAGAAUAAACCUUCCUGUUGUGAAGCUAACGUCAGCUCAACGUGUGUGCCUCCUCUAUUCUUUAUCACAGCAUCACACGUCGAGAGGACAGAAAACCAGCUGCCCCCUGUCUGCGAAGUCAGGGAGGCAACAAAUUUGGGGGCUCGUCCGGGAUUAGCGCCUCCUGCUGGACAGGUGCUGAUCAUCCAAGAACCGUGGGAUCCUGAUUUCCUGUUUCCUGAGCCGAUGACCUAAGCAACGGACGUUUCACGUCUGUGUUAUCCAGAGAUGGCUACUCUACAUGAUCUGCAGUGGGAAAUCCAGCAGAGGCUUCAUCAGCUGACCAGGGAAGCCAACAGAGACCUGCUCUACAAGCUUGCAGUAUCAUGCCAAGAUGAGGUGGUGGAGGAUUUGCCAGGUGACGACUCAACUGAAGUGGAACUCUUUGACAUCAUUGUUGACUUUUUGAGAAGUAAGCGACUGAAGAGCCUCGAGGACCAAGGGAUAUCCCGCUUGCUUGUCUUUCGUGACCUCAUUGAUGAACUGCAAUUGCCCCAGGAAGCUGAGGGACAUGGUUACACAUCUGAUGAAGAUGCCGCAAUGAUGUCAGAGACUGAACCAGUAGUAGCAGCAUCUGAGAAGAGUAGAGCAGCACCAACACCAACACCAGUGGUAGCUGAUCAGGUAACUGGGUUGUUGAGACUGGCAGAUGUUGCAGCCUUGUUACCACGUAGAGAAUUCAAGAUCCACGGUGGUCAAAUCUCGGAUUCUGAUUCUGAUUUUAGUUUCAACAGUCUGUGUAAACAAAUUGAUGAAGGGUUAACGGAAGGUUUUACCGAGGCUGAGAUUAUUAGGACAGUGCUUAGAAUAAUUAAGCCUGGUACCUUUAAAGACAUGCUCAUUACCAAAGAUAGUCUGACUGUAGCUGAGCUAAAGCGUUUCCUGAGAGCUCACCUUCGGGAUAGGAGCAGUACUGAAUUAUUUCAGGAACUGAGCAACGCAAAACAACAUGACAAAGAAAGCCCACAACAGUUUAUGUAUAGACUAAUGGGAUUAAAACAGCGUGUAAUGUUUGCAUCCAAACAAAGUACAGGUUUUCAGUACGACAACAAACUAGUGCAAGGGGUAUUUCUCCAUUCACUGUACCAGGGCAUGAAUGAAAAAUGCUCAUAUAUCAGGCGAGAUCUUAAACCUCACAUUUCAGACAUGAGUGUUACUGAUGACUUCAUCCUAGAAGUGAUAACCAGAUCACUGAGUGAAGAUACAGAGAGGCAAAACAGGUUGGGUCAGACACCCAAACAAAAAGCGAUCAGUGUCAGUGCAGCACAGCAGGAUAGGGACAGGCAGAAUGCAGUUCAGAUGCAGAUAGAAGUCCAAGCUAAUCACACUGCAAUACAGGAGCUGACUGCACAAGUGUCCUCCUUGACCAAGAGUCUAGAGAAAGCUCUCACACCCGUAGUGAGUGCAGCCACAGGACACAUAGGUACCCCUUCACCACAACCAAAACAGUCAGCCAAGCCAGAGAUUAAAGGGAAAUGCCACCAGUGUAUCGCUCAAGAAAAGGACAACUGCACACACUGUUUCCGGUGUGGAAAAGAGGGACACAGAGUUAUUGGCUGCCUGCAGAAGAACAAUCCAUCGGGAAACUGGGUGAGGUCACUGGGGAGGGACCACCAGUGACCAGACAGGGUGUAGUGUCCCCCAUCACAGAAAAGCCGCAUUCCAAAGAGAGAACCUCAUCUUUUACUGAAUCCGUCAAAAAAAACAGUGUGUCAAAAGGGAAACGUGUUGCACAGUUGAUUGGUGGUAGGUGCAUAGUAACUUGUCACUUAGAUGGGGCAGAACUCCCGAUGCUAUUGGACAGUGGGGCACAGGUUAGCAUAGUGGAGAAGUCUUGGGUGCAGAAAGCCUUGCCGAAUGUAAGAAUCCAACCCCUUGAAAGACUACUCCCAGACCACCCACUCAAAGUUAUUGCGGCUAAUGGGACAGACGUACCAUUUGAUGGGUGGAUAGAAGUCCUUCUUGAGAUAAUAAGUAGCAAAUAUGGUUCGGUGGCCCUCUAUGUCCCAAUACUAGUCAGUCAAGAAAGUAUUAGCAGCCCAUUGCUAGGCUUCAAUGUAAUCCAAGAGAUCAUCAUGGGGAACAGUCACCAAACUGAUAACAUGACCUUGGUGGACUUAUUGUCGGAGGCCUUGAAGAUCCAGAAGAGCAAUGCGGAAAGUCUUGUCUCUGUCAUUCACACAAUGCCUUCCGAGGAAGAUUCUGAAAGCCCAAUGGUGAGAGUUGGAAAAAAGGGACUCACUGUCCAUAGCAGCCAAAUCCGCGAGGUGAAGUGUCGCAUUAGAGCUUUCCCUGGAGGAGGAGCAAUGCUAUUUGAGCCAGGGGUAGAUUGCAUCUUACCAGAUGGGUUAGAGCUAUUUCCUGCUCUGGUGGAUGUGCCUGCUGGUGCCUCUAAAGUAGUGAGAAUCCCAAUCCAGAACUUAACAAAGCAUGACAUCUUUCUACCUCCAAAGACAGUUCUAGGAGUCAUUGAGGAAAUUGUUGACUGUAAACCUACAAAUAUUUGCCCCACUCCUCAGAAGCCAGCAGACCCACAUGGUGAUUCUCUCCUGUGCUCUACUCAUGUAAGCUCGACUGAUGAAGGACAAAGUGAGGUAAAUGGAACUCAGAGAACUGCCUCCUCACAAGAGAAGUGGCAUCCAAAUGUCAAUCUUGACCAUCUGUCCGAGCACGACCAGGAAGUGGUAAAACAGAUGCUUUAUGAAGAAUCAGAUGUGUUUGCUCGAGAGGAAGGAGACAUUGGAUGCAUUCCUGGUUUACAGUUGAAAAUCAACACAACAGACAACACUCCUGUUCAGAAAAGCUACAACUCUAUUCCAAGACCACUGUAUAAAGAGGUAAAGGAGUAUAUUCAAAACCUCUUAGACAGGGGAUGGAUCUCUAAGUCAGUGUCGGCUUAUUCCUCACCAGUUGUGUGUGUGCGCAAAAAAGACCACAGCCUGCGUCUGUGUGUUGACUUUCGUGAGCUCAAUCGCAAGACCAUUCCUGAUCGUCAUCCACUGCCACGGAUCCAGGAUCUGCUGGACAGCCUGGCAGGCAAUUCAUGGUUCUCCAUCUUGGACCAAGGGAGUGCAUACCAUCAGGGUUUUGUGAGCGAGGAGUCAAGGCCCUUGACAGCGUUUAGCACUCCCUGGGGACUCUACGAAUGGGUCAGAAUGCCCUUUGGUUUGACGAACGCACCAGCCGCAUUUCAGAGGUGUAUGGAGGGAGUACUCGAAGGCAUCAGGGAUGAGUUUUGUGUGCCGUAUUUAGAUGAUGUCUUGUGUUAUUCAAAAUCUUUCGCAGAACACGUAGACCAUCUCAGACAAGUGCUCCACCGGAUGCGACAACAUGGCAUUAAGCUUCGUCCAGCCAAAUGUGAACUCUUUAAGAGGCAAAUCCGAUACAUCGGGCGGAUGGUGUCAGGUGAAGGGAUACAGAUCGACCCAAGGAUUUGGAAGCGGUCAUUGCUUUGA